AUGUCUCACACACCACCGCAAACCCUCGAAUCCGAGGAGGCACCCCCCGCCUCCGCCACCACCGCCCAAACCUCCGACUCCCACGCCGCCACGCUCCUUCACCUCUCCUUUAACCAGGACUCCGGCUGCUUCGCCGCCGCCACAGACCGCGGCUUCCGCAUCUACAACUGCGACCCCUUCCGCGAGAUCUUCCGCCGGGACUUCGGCCCCGGCGGCGGCGUCGGCCUUGUUCACAUGCUCUUCCGAUGCAACAUACUCGCCUUUGUUGGCGGUGGCGUCGAUCCCCGCUACCCCCCGAACAAGGUCAUGAUCUGGGACGACCACCAGUCCCGCUGCAUCGGCGAGCUCUCCUUCCGCUCCGAGGUGAAGGGCGUCCGUCUCCGGCGCGACCGCAUCGUGGUGGUCCUGGCGCACAAGAUCUUCGUGUACAACUUCUCCGAUCUCAAGGUGCUGCACCAAAUCGAGACCUUCGCCAACCCUAAGGGUCUCUGCGACCUCUCCCACGUUUCCGCCACCAUGGUCCUCGUUUGCCCCGGCUUGCAGAAGGGGCAGGUUAGGGUUGAGCACUACGCCUCUAAGAGGACCAAGUUCAUCAUGGCGCACGAUUCCCGAAUCGCGUGUUUUGCUCUCACACAUGAUGGCAGGUUGCUCGCCACCGCCAGCUCCAAGGGCACCCUCAUCAGGCUCUUCAAUACCCUCGAUGGUUCAUUGCUCCAAGAGGUAAGGAGGGGUGCAGACCGAGCAGAGAUAUACAGCCUUGCUUUCUCACCUACUGCACAGUGGCUGGCUGUCUCAAGUGACAAGGGGACCGUUCAUGUUUUCAACCUCAAGGUUGAUUCUGGAUUGAUGGGGCAUGACAGAUCGCAUGGAACUUCUGAAGCUAAUCCUGCUAAUCCCACUGCAGUUUCGUCUCUUUCAUUUAUUAAAGGUGUGCUACCCAAGUAUUUUAGCUCCGAGUGGUCUGUAGCUCAAUUUCGCUUGCAAGAAGGUUUGCAAUACAUUGUUGCAUUUGGCCAUCAAAAGAAUACAAUUGUAAUACUAGGCAUGGAUGGCAGCUUCUACCGAUGUCAGUUUGAUUCUGCGAGCGGUGGAGAGAUGACCCAAAUUGAAUAUUACAAUUUCCUAAAGGCAGAAGAGACAUUCUAG